AUGAAGUACGCUUUCGCUUUCGCUUUCGCUGGUCUGGUCGCUGGUGCUCUCGCUGGAGAGUGCUAUGCUCCUGCUCCCCCCGCAUAUUCUGCUACUGCUUCUGCUCCUACCCCUCCCGCAUACUCUGCUCCUCCUGCACCCAGUGCUACCCCAGCGCCCGGUCCCGGCUACUUCGCCGUCAUCUCCUCGCGCAGCGCGUCUCCCGUCCACCUCCUGUCUCUGACUGCUCGCGGUGGAAAAUUCUACCUCGGCGCCGGCCCUCCCUCCAGCUACUGCCCUGAGAACAUCGGCUCCGGCUGCCCUCCCGGCAACGACACCAUCUUCGCCGGCGGCGAUGGCACCCUCUCCCUUGGUGUUGUGGUCCCUGGCGGCCAGCAGGUCUACGUUGCCAAGGACGGCGCUCUGAGCUACACUGUUCCUCACUCCGCCUACAUCCCCGAAGGCUCUGUGAUCGACCAGUUCAGCAAGACUGCGCCCGGCAGUAACAACUUGGGCACGCUCAACUUUGAAACAGGCUUCGUUGCUUGCCCCGUUGGCGGUACCGGCAGCGGAUACCAGGUCUACGGCCAGGUUGACGGAUUCGAGGCCAGCUCUGAGUGCCUUGGCUUCAGCGCUCUUACCUCUGCGUCUGAGCAGCCCGGGGCGUGGCAGUACUAG